GGCCAGUUCCGUCUGCGUAGGUGAGCCUGGUGAGCCUUUCGUCGCCGUCUGAACUCUGCGCGAACUCCCCCAGAGCAAGCAAGAUCUUCCACACCACGCCUCUCGUUUCCCACAGCCCGCCACCCUCCAUUGACAGCAACGGUCAUCUCUUCCAUGCCUUCCUGUUCUUCAUCAUCACCUGCGUAUCAUCUUUGCUGCGAGCAAUCGCCCCGUCAUGAUCCUUCGUUGACCGUUUGACUUGACACCCCCCGUCACCAGAGGCUGCUGUCUGCGCAACCACACCCCGGUCUCUCACUCUCCUCAACCCAGCCUUCGCUGCACGAGCUGAACCACCCACGAUCCUUACAACUUGUUUACCUUGAUUCUCUCCGCUUGCUCUUGUACGACAUACAGAGAUAGCCUACUCGAAGCAUCUUCUCUUCCUUGCCCUUCAAACUCCCAACCACUUUCUUUGGCUUAUUGCCCACCAAGGGGAUAAAACCACCAUACACCGACCCUCCGCCGCCGCGGGUCGAGCAUCGAUAGUCCCUCCAAAUUGUCCGAGCUGCAGGUCAGCACACGACCUUGCCUAUCCAUCAGAAGAAUUAGAAUAAUUUCGCCAGCCGCACAAUGUACAGGACUUGAAGGUGUUUGAGCUUUGUUUGCAGCGGGAAAAAAGUGGGAUUAUUAAUGCUAUAAAAUCAUCUUGUCCCUCUGAAACGGCGAUCUCAUGUGGACAUAAAUCCACCAUAUGUCGACAAUCUACAGCACAUACCGAUAACAGAGGACAUAAUGGCCACCGCGAUGGAAUCCCCUGUGGCUUUCCCUGACUCCCCCAUGGAGCCAGAUGAGGCGUACCCCUGCAAAGGCUGUGGAAAGAUACUCGAGGAAGGCAAAGCAUUCGAGCUCGCUGGUAACAGAUGGCACAUUGACUGCUUUGCGUGCAAUACCUGCGGCACCCUCCUCGAUUCCGACGCAAAUCUGCUUCUUCUGGGCGAUGGAUCUCUGAUAUGCAACAACUGCACCUACAGUUGUAGCAAUUGCGGAAACAAGAUUGAGGAUCUGGCAAUUCUGACCGGAGAUCAAGCAUUCUGCGCCAAUUGCUUCAAGUGCAGGAACUGCAAGAGGAAGAUUGAAAAUCUACGCUAUGCCAGGACGUCGCAGGGCAUAUUCUGCAUGGACUGCCACGAGGCUCUAAUGGCCAGGAGACGCAAGAAGACGGCCAAGAACACCGCGCAGCGCUCCAAAAUGUCAAACAAUGUCCAGCUUGACAAGUCUUUGCCCGCGAUUCCGCCCCCAGAAGCCAGGAAGACCGCCUACAUCCCGGAAAGCCAGUCGUCCCCCUUUCCCGAGGUCUAUGCAGAGCCCCCUAUAGCGGGUGUACCUUCUGUGAGUAAGACUGUCAGCGAAUUGCAAGCAGACUCGGACUCGAGGCCAUCUACAUCGGAUCAAAACCAUCCGCGCGAUAUGCUCACCUUACCUUCGACAACAUUCCGCAACAAUCGACAUUCUAUGAUGUCGCAACGAUCAGAUUUAUCGGGAGGCGGAGGUGGUGAAGAAUUUCUGAUACCGCUUGCCUUUGACCCUACCCCACAACCUGCGACACAGUCGCCCAGCAUCUCUAGUCAAACAUUACAAAGAACAGUGGAGGAGAAGCCCACCGAUUAUUUUACGAGCAAAUCCGCAGCGCCAAUUGCCCAGCCACAAAUCUCUAAAUCGAAUACCUCAAGUCCCCAUAUCGCCUACCAAGAGAAAGGCCGCCUCCCUUCGAGAGAGGCUGUGGAGCAAACCCGCAAAGGAGGAAAUCUGAGCAGAUCGGGUUCUGCCACCGCAUCACCCUACAUCCCGGUGGAGCAGCCGAAGAGAUCGGAAGGUUCCCCACGGUUGUCGCAGAUUGUACACCCCAACGAGGCGCAACACAAUGAAAGAUUCAAACUGCAAGAAGCACCGAAAUCCAAGAAGUUCUCCACCUCGACGCCCGGAUCGCGCUCAGAGGGUUCAACUCCUAAAGCCGACGUCUCUGCUGAUCCCAUGGAGCAACUUACCGCCAAACCUUUGACGGUCCCGGAUAUUGGGUCACCAUCAGAUCGCGACUACUCGACACCCAUGUUGUCGAACGAUUCGAGUCCGGCAUUUAGUGGGUCGCACGGUUCUCCCAAGGCGGCACCGUUACCCGCGACCUCGAUCUUGCAAAAUCUGCCUAAGCGAGGCGAUUCUUUGGACAGUGCAAAGCGAACUCAAACGAUACCUCGUAAAGAAUUGGGCGCUGCGGCGAAUAUUGGUCCUCCAUCAGGUGGCAGCAUCAAUAGUGGCUCAUCCACCCCGAAACCUGCACCCGAUCUCGCCAAAGCAAAUGGUGGGAAGGUCAUUUCUGGCCCAAUAGGUUCACCGAACUCAAGGGCUAUCUUCGAUGCCGCCGAUGAUUCUCUGAUUCAAGAUCUUCACAAUGCCGGCAAGUCAGGCAACGAAUCUUUUGUCGACCCCCGGAUACCACCACUACCCCCUUUCGAUCACUCAAGGUCGCGAAACGAAUCCUUCAGCACUCUUCAGUCUGAGAAUCAGCGAUCUGGAGAUAGCUUCAAGUCUCCGGGUCUACCUAGGUAUUCGGCAGGCGGGGAGUUCACUAUGGACGAGGAUAUGGCCCGGAUAAUGGGCGGUGAGGAACCCAGCGCGCAUGAAUCAUUCCUUAGGAGGGUUUCGAACUCUGUUCGCCAUGGUCGCAGCUACAGUGAUAAAACCGGUCGGCUUUCGAAAGACCGCUGGCCCCGAUCACCGGCUAUGCCCAUCUCGUCAAUCGGUCAAGAAAUCAGCAGUCCCAGCACUGCUUCUCCUGAAAAUCGCGAUGAACUCGCCUGGUUCAAGAAUGAGCUUCGACGUGAGCGGCAGAAAACCAUUGAGCGGGAAAAGAGGAUAACCGAACUGGAAAUGCAGCUCGAUUCGGCCGCAAAUAUCAAACAAGUGAAUGUCGAACUCAAGGAGAAGAGAUCGACGAUAGUGGUACUCGAUACGCAAAAAGAGAUCGUCAUAAGAGAGUUGGAGGUUCUUACGGAACAUUUGGCGGCUGCGAAGCACAGCGGCGAGCGAUUCGACCUUGGCAGAUUGAGCAAUGUUGUAUUGCGUGAUUUUGCAGAGGCGUUGGAAAAGCUGAAGGACUCGUUCGCACCUCAGAUCGAGGCUUCGAUCCAGAAACGAAAUGAUCUGGUCGACGAGAUAGCGAAUCUCACUCAAAUGAAAGAUAAGAGCUUCAUGGAGUUUGAGCAGCUAUCGUCAAAGAAUGCCCAACUGGCGGAGCUCAACAAUCAACUGGUGCACCAGAUCCAAGGUCUAUACAAGGCCAACUCUGGCACACAAGCUGAUCAGCCAAAGUCGGCCAUGAACGGACUCGGGAUUUAUUCUCACCACAAAGAGAAGUCGAACGUCUCUUUUGACUCGAGGGAAAUACGCAACAUGUCCACCGACCUGACCAACAUUGAUUCAACAAGUACUUUACAAGGUGAAGCAGAACCAGUGACCGUCCUUCAGGGUCCUCAAAUGGUGAACAUCCGCAAAGGCCAACCAAGGAAAUUUGACUGGAGAAAAGGACAGAAGGUCGCCAAAGGCGUCACGAAGGGUCUGAAAGGAGCCUUUUCCUCCACUCAACAGAACUACAGCCGAGACCUACAGUUUGCGGAAACAGGGGCCUAUGGAUCGACGACUGGGCCUGGCCAAGAAUAUUCGAGUCUGCCGCGAACUAACCCAGAACCUGUCAAGCAAAGUGGCUUUGGCUUCUUCAGCACGCAGAAAGUCGCGCCUAAGUCCAAUGGGCUAUAUGCUACGCAAGCCAAUGCGAGCACACCGUCUUUACUGGCUGAGGCUGGCGCACAAUUGUUUGGCUCUGAGCUCGAACAGCGGGCUGAAUAUGAGAAGAGCACAGUUCCUGCCAUUGUGAGGAGGUGUGUCGAAGAAGUCGAGUCACGUGGCAUGGAUGUCGAAGGCAUCUACCGAAAAUCCGGAGGUAACUCUCAGGUGCAGCAAGUGAAAGACUGGUUCGAGAACCCCUCGAAGGAGUUUGAUCUUUCCGAUCCCGAUCUCGACAUCCACGCUGUCACCUCUGGACUGAAACAGUAUUUCCGUCGGCUACCCACCCCACUCAUCACCUUCGAUGUCUACGACAAACUCCUUGACACUACGACAAUUGAGGACAAAACGGCCAGAAUCGACGCUAUGCAACGAGCGUUGGAGGAUCUGCCCAGGGUCCACCUCGAGACCUUGGAGUUUUUGAUUCGACACCUUGCCCGGGUGGUCCAACAGGAGAAAGAGAAUCUCAUGACCAGCAUGAACAUCGCCGUGGUGUUUGCGCCAACCAUCAUGAGACCGGAGAGUCUGAACCGGGAGCUCAGUGACACGAAGAUGAAGAAUGAGGCGGUGAUGUGGAUGGUGGAAAACAGUGCAAAGUUAUUUGAAAAGUGAUGGGGGAAACGAGUUGAGCUGCUAUAUUUCAGGGCAUUGAAUAGGGAUAUCUUUGGAUCGGGCUGAGUUCAGGGGCGCAAAGAGCAAGGCCGGCUCUUGCGGCAAAUCAUGACCACGAUACUCUGUGUGUUCUUCAUCCAUUUCAGCCUGGCGUUCAUACGGAAAUGGGAUCGGAUCUUUGUGAGGGCCAGGUGGAUGACGGUCAAGGUCCAUCAGUGUCUGUCUAGAAUGGGAAGAUGUUUGUUUGGCUGGGCCUUUUGAGAUUGCUGUAUCUAUCCAUUUUUUCCCGAAAUGGGUGCAGCGAGACACUGUCGAGUUAUGGAAGAGAUAGGAAAGAGACCAGGGGAUACCAGCCCUUGCAAGAUAGAAGUGUGCGGGUGAUCUAUGAGACUGAUUGGAUUGUGGUGAUUGACCGAUUCAUCUUCCAGUUGUCCCUUGUCCCUCUUGCGAAGUUCACCACUGGUGUCCCUCCAUGGUUGCAGAGAAGCCC